CGCUCCCCAGCGCCGGAGCCGGCCCCCGGGGCCGAGGCUGCCCGCAUCUUCUGGAUCGUGCAGGUAUCGGAUAUUCAUAUCAGUAGGUUUCGGGAUCCCAAGCGAGUUCUUGAUUUUGAGAAGUUCUGUUCUGAAACAAUUAAUAUAAUUCAACCAGCACUUGUUCUAGUAACAGGUGACUUGACAGAUGCCAAAACAAAGGACAAGUUGGGGUCUGAGCAGAUUGAAGUAGAGUGGCAAACUUACCAGUCAGUCUUGAAGAGGUCACGGGUCAUGGAAAAAACCAAGUGGAUUGAUAUUAAGGGGAACCAUGAUUCAUUCAACAUUCCACACCUAAAGAGUGCCCAAAAUUACUACAGGAAGUAUUCUGGUUGGCGUAAAGAUGGCUCUUUCCAUUAUAUCCACACUACACCUUUUGGGAACUAUUCAUUCAUCUGUUUGGAUGCCACCCUCAGCCCAGGCCCCAAGAGACCCUACAAUUUCUUUGGGAUUCUUAACACGAAUCAUAUGGAAGAGUUGUCAUCAAUGGCUGCAGAAAGUCAUAAUAGCAAUCAAACUAUCUGGUUUGGCCAUUACCCAACUUCAACAAUCAUCUCCCCAUCCCCAGGAAUAAGAACACUAAUGAGUUCUGCUACAGCCUAUUUAUGUGGGCACCUCCAUACAUUGGGUGGGCUGAUGCCAGUCCUACAUAGUCGGCAUUCUCAUGGUACUCUGGAACUGGAGCUGGGAGACUGGAUGAAUAAUAGGAGGUACCGGCUUCUUGCAUUUGAUCAUGACCUUCUUAGCUUUGUAGAUCUGCACUUUGAGGAAUGGCCUGCAGUUCUCAUCACCAAUCCCAAGUCAUUACUUUAUAGCAGCCCUGCUCAUGAACCAUUAACAAAAAUCCUUCACUCCACCCACAUCAGAAUUUUGGCCUUCUCUCCUGCUUUCAUCACUUCAGUCAAAGUCAGUAUAGAUGGAGUUCAUCUGGGGGAUGCCCAUCAUGUGUCUGGCCCUCUCUAUGUACUGAAGUGGAAUUCCCAGAACUACAGUGAAGGAUUCCAUCACAUAGAUGUGACAGUUCAGGAUGCUGCUGGAAAGAGUAGCACUCAAGGUCAUAUGUUUGCUAUGGGAGAAAAUCUCUCUCUCAAAUUUGGCUUCUUGUCCUCUUUCAUUCUCCUUAUGGACCAUUACAUCUUGGCUCGAUUACUUUUUGGAGUGACUGUUGCGGUUCAGAUCUUCUUGCUCCUUGUUUUCAGAUAUCUUCGAAAGCCAACACUGAAAGGACCUCCAGGAUUAGUAAUGUCGACCUCCUUUUCCCUCCACGUCUUGAGCAAAACAAACACCUUCUACUACUCUGUUCUGAUACUAAGCUUAUACACAGUUUUGGGACCCUGGUUUGUGGGUGAGGUGAUUGAUGGCCAGCUAGGUGCCUGCUUUUCCUUUGGGGUAUUUGUUGGUGGCCACUUCCUGCAAGGCGGCUUGACAUUUGUAGUUGGUAUUUUACAGAUGGUGUUUUUUAACCUGCCCUUGAUGGCUUACCUAUGCUGGUGCCUGUUGCUGCGUUGUCAGGGUCUCAGCUUUCGCUCCCAUAUCUACCACGUCAGAUGUUUUUGGGCUGUACCUGCCCACCUUGCCAUGGCACUCCUCCUGACCUGGCAGCUCUAUUCCUGCUACUUCCUGCAGCGGACCUAUGGGACUCUUGCUUUCUUCUUCUCCCCAAUGAAAACAUGGCUGGUGGUGCUGACCUUUGUUCUAAUAUGGAGAACCUGGACAUUGAGCACUUCUGAACUCAGAACUUAUAUAGCAGAAAUGAAAAACUGUCAGAGCUCUUGAUAUCUAAUCUAGGUAUUCAGAGGUCUUUUGAUUUACACUGAAAAGCUGUGAACUGUGGGUAUAUGUGGAUGGGUUUCUGUACAGCCUGAGCCAGUGGAUGUUUGGAUGUGAAGCAGUUCCUGGCUUGCUCCAGAACAGUGUGAUGAUAGGGUUUCCUGUGGUAUAUUGCUGACAAGUAGAAGUGCUUGCUGAUUUACCUCUGUGAAUGGAAGAAAAUCUUUGUAAUGUAUUAUUCUUGAUUUUUAAAACACUGGCAGAAUUGCAGGGUGGAUCUUUAUAGCAGGCCCUCAGAGCUGUGCUUCUGGUUUUUAUUUAAACAUUUACACAUGAUUCUACAAAACUAGUCUGUGAUGAAUGUCAACACAGAGAGUAAUAAUGGUCACAACUGUGGCCUUCACAGUAAGUAUUCUGUGGUAGGUACUAAUACACUUCUUGAGGGUUUGAAUGGCUGAUAUACAGCAUUGUAAAUCACUUUAUAAAGUGCAUGUAUGUGUGCGCAAGCACCCUGAUUUAUUUUUUUAUUUCUUGGAGAAUAGUGAAGAGGCAGUGUUGUCUGUGGAUGUAGAGGGGUCACUUGUAUUCUGUCAACAGCAACUGUGCCCUGACUAGGAAAGGAGCUUUGCUGUUCAAGGGCUUCUCCGUGGCAGCCGAAGUGGGGAGUCAAAAAGAGAGCAAAGAGGAGGUGUGGACUAUCUGCAGAUAUGAAGUAUCUAGGCAGACUAGUAUUGUCUAAUAGCUAGGGCAGAUUUCAGAAUUAAACUCUUCUGAUCAUUGUCCAGCUGCAUUUCUACUGAAUAGAGGACAUGGUAUUAUAUGUAAAGUAUUAUAUCAUUUUUCAGGUUCAAUAUAAGAUUCCACAAUUUCCUGAAGUUAAAAAACCUAUUUUUAGCUUGCACAAAAUAAUUUUUUUGGCAUGCAAUAUUGGUAACAUACAGUUCUUUUUACUUCAAAAUAGUAUUGUUUUGGAGUAGGCGUGAGAAUACAGCAGUCUUUUGAAGUCAAGAGCAUCCUUUCCAAGCUGUUCAUUAGGAGAACACAGAACAGAAAUACAUGAAUUGAUCAAAGCAAGGGAUGGAUCAUGGAAAUGUGUUGUUAAGAUUCUUUAUGCAAUGCCAGCCGUUGAUUUGUCAGAUGGAGUGAUAAAUGCAUUUUACGAUGUUUCAGUUACAAUAUACCAGAUUUGUUGGGUUUUUUUUAACUAUCUUUGCAUGGAGGAAACCUUUUAUAAUUCUUAAAUUCCAUUUGGACCUUUGGACAUUAUUAAAGUGAAUAAUCAUUAAAUUAAUUUUAGCUAAUGUUGUUACAUAACAAAAAAUAUAUUUUCUGAGAGAUCACCCUUUAAAUCCUAUGUCCUGAUGUUGUUUUUAAAUUCCUUUAAAAAAUGUUUUUAUGCUCCUUGGUUUGUUUAUGAAGGGACUUUUCUGUCAGUCAGUGGACUGGACAUGAGAGGCUAUUCAAUGCACAAAGUAAACUGUGUAAGAUAGAGAAUUUAUCCUUACUAAUCAUCCUCAGUAAUUUGAUAUGUUAUGACAUUUUCAGAGGCAAAUACAACUUUCAGGUUGACUGUUUCUCUUAAUGGUUAAGGCCAGCUAAGGCUGCAGUGCUGCUUCCAUUUUAGUCUGUGUUCACUUACAAAUUUCCAGAGUCAUCAGUUUCAAACUAAAGCGUACCUUGGUUCA